AUGGAAUUCCUUUUACGUCACACCUUAGCGACACAUCGUUCAGCAAAAUAUGGCGUCCUACUGUAUGACAGUUUCUCGGCUCCGGCUUGUGCUAGGAGAUGGGGCCAGGCGACUGCAUGUCACAGCAGCUCUCAACGCCAAGGCAAAGGUGUCCAUGAGCCGCUUCGAACCUGGCUCCAGCAUCAACUAUGAGGCCCUGAACACAAAUAUCAAUAUUGUGCGCAAGAGGCUUAACCGUCCCCUUACCCUUUCGGAGAAGAUUGUGUAUGGGCACUUGGAUAACCCCCAUGAGCAGGAUAUUGAAAGGGGGCGCACAUACCUGCGCCUGCGGCCGGACCGGGUGGCCAUGCAGGACGCCACAGCGCAGAUGGCCAUGCUGCAGUUCAUCAGCAGCGGCCUGCCCAAGGUGGCCGUCCCUUCCACCAUCCACUGCGACCAUCUGAUCGAGGCCCAGAUUGGUGGAGCUGAGGACCUGCAGAGAGCCAAGGAAAUGAACCAUGAGGUGUACAACUUCCUGGCAACAGCUGGAGCCAAAUAUGGAGUGGGUUUCUGGAAACCAGGGUCUGGAAUCAUUCACCAGAUCAUUCUGGAAAACUACGCCUACCCAGGGGUCAUGUUGAUCGGCACAGACUCCCACACGCCAAAUGGCGGGGGCCUGGGUUCCGUCUGCAUUGGAGUUGGUGGAGCUGACGCUGUUGAUGUCAUGGCGGGCAUCCCCUGGGAGCUCAAAUGUCCUAAAGUGAUUGGUGUGAAGUUGACGGGUGCGCUCUCUGGCUGGACCUCUCCCAAGGACGUCAUCCUGAAGGUGGCAGGCAUCCUGACAGUUAAAGGAGGCACUGGAGCCAUCGUGGAAUACCAUGGCCCUGGUGUGGACUCCAUCUCCUGCACUGGUAUGGCCACCAUCUGCAACAUGGGAGCUGAGAUCGGAGCCACAACCUCCAUCUUCCCCUACAACCACCGCAUGAAGACCUACCUGGACAAGACAGGCCGUGCAGAGAUUGCUGAGCUUGCUGAUGAGUAUAAGGAAUGCCUCGUCCCAGACCCCGGCUGCCAGUACGACCAGCUGAUUGAGAUCAACCUCAGCGAACUGCAGCCGCACAUCAACGGCCCCUUCACUCCUGACCUGGCCCACCCCGUGUCUGACAUCGGAGCUGUAGCUGAGAAGAGUGGCUGGCCCCUGGAAGUUAAAGUAGGUCUGAUUGGCAGCUGCACUAACUCCAGUUAUGAGGACAUGGGUCGCGCUGCAUCACUGGCCAAGCAAGCCCUAGACCGUGGGCUCAAGUGCAAGGCCCAGUUCACGGUGACCCCCGGCUCUGAGCAGAUCCGCGCCACCAUUGAAAGAGACGGAUACGCCCAGAUCCUGAGGGAUGUUGGAGGUGUGGUGCUCGCCAAUGCCUGUGGGCCCUGCAUUGGACAAUGGGACAGGCAGGAUGUGAAGAAGGGAGAGAAGAACACCAUCGUCACCUCCUUCAACAGGAACUUCACGGCCAGGAAUGACGCCAAUCCAGCCACCCAUGCUUUCGUGACUUCCCCCGAGAUUGUCACAGCGCUGGCCAUUGCCGGCACGCUGAACUUCAACCCCGAGAAGGACUUCCUCACCGCUCCCAAUGGUGAGAAGUUCAAGCUGGUCCCCCCCACUGGUGACGAGCUGCCCUCCCGUGACUUUGACCCGGGCCAGGACACCUACCAGCACCCCCCAUCUGAUGGCAGUGGUGUCUCGGUGGACGUCAACCCAGCCAGCAACCGCCUGCAGCUACUGGAGCCCUUCGACAAGUGGAGUGGAAAGGACCUGGAGAACAUGGCCAUCCUCAUCAAGGUGAAGGGCAAGUGCACAACUGACCACAUCAGUGCUGCCGGCCCUUGGCUCAAGUUCCGCGGCCACCUGGACAACAUCUCCAACAACAUGCUGAUUGGUGCCGUUAACAGCGAAAAUGAUGCCGUCAAUAAGAUCAAGAACGUCCUGACUGGAGAGUACGGAGGCGUCCCUGACGUGGCCCGCCAUUACAAGGCCAAUGGGUUGUCGUGGGUGGUGGUGGGCGAUGAGAACUACGGAGAGGGAUCCAGCAGGGAGCAUGCAGCCCUGGAGCCACGCCACCUGGGGGGCAGGGCCAUCAUUGUCAAGAGCUUCGCCAGGAUCCACGAGACCAAUCUGAAAAAACAGGGGCUGCUGCCUCUCACCUUCAAUGACCCGGCUGACUAUGACAAGAUCCGCCCCGACGACAAGAUCUCCAUCAAAGGACUCGCGACCUUUGCCCCCGGGAAGCCCCUCACGGCAGUAAUCACCCACGGCGAUGGCAGCCAGGACACCAUCCAGCUGAACCACUCCUUCAAUGAGACGCAGAUCGGGUGGUUCCAGUCUGGGAGUGCCCUGAACAGGAUGAAGGAUCUGCAGCACUAAGGAGGAGGAGAAGAAGGAGAGGCCUCAAGGACGAGAGGCAGGGCUAGUCAAGACUGAAGGGGGGUGGGGGGUGGGGGGUUAAAGCAUGCACUCCAAAAGAAAAGAUUAAAGUAAUUUGUCUCCUUUCCCCAGACACCCCCACACAUCCACUCGUAACUGCCGCCAACUGAUCAUUGCACCCACAACUACACAUGCAUACAUGCUCACAGAGACCCCCCCCCCCCCCCCCCCCCCCCCCCCUCAGGUCGCUGUAUGAAUUGAACGCGCACAUCCCUAAGCCCCACCACCCCCCCCCCCCCCCCUCCAGACACACACACACUUGCACACUCAGGCAUGUGGUCACUUCAAAAUGUAGAAUCUCAUGUCCAUUAUCAGGGAGACCUAAAGGACACACACACGUUCAGGAAGGCUAGAUUUGGUCCUUAUCCAUGUUACUGCAGAUGACUUAGCUUUGUAUGGUCAACCUUGGCCAUUUGUUACUGUUGUUACUGAUACUGUAUGCAUAGUAAUGAGUGCUCUCUGCACACUAAUAACGUAAGUAUUGUUACACACACUUUCUGUAUAGUAACACUGGUUAUAUUUUGUUAUGUCUGAUAGCUCUAUACCAUGUACUCCAUGUUACUGUUGUGGGGAGUAGAGGAGCAGACUAGCAAACUAGUCAGUCCUCUGAUGGAGAUGGCUUGCUUGCUUGCUCGCUUAUGUGUUGACUGGGUCUGAUUUGUUGAGAAUGUCCCCUCCAGGAAGCGGUUGUUCUGUAAAGCUAGACUUACUUACUGUAGCAGGGUAAGCCCUCAUUAUAUGCAGUAGGUAGAAGGGUGCCGAAACCACCUGUGGUUGGUUAACAGGGUAGAGGUGCAGCUUUCCUGUCCUGCUACUCGUGUGUGUGUGUGUGUGUGUGUGUCUGUGUGUGUGUCUGACUCAUUGGUCAUUUCUUUCUUUAAUCCCUGAGGACAUCUGCCUGAUCGUCCUUUAAGCCGGCCUCCUCUUUGUGCUGACCUCCCUGCUGAGUCAUUCCCUGCCUGGGGUGACAUCUUGUCGGUCUUCGUUGUGAAAAAUUAAACGCACAAUCUACAGUGUGCAGCGCACCUGUGUGUAGCGCAUAUUCUUGCAGCACGCAGAUGCUCUGUCACUUUCGUACCACUAGCGCUUCACUCCUUAAUAGCUGAGCAUAGUGUUUAGAUGUUAUUAUGAUGAUAUUUAAAUCUUUAAAAUAAUCAGAGGAGGAGGUUUGAGAAACCGUUAUUCCCUGUUGUUGUUUCACAUAAUUAUGCCAGAAAUCCAUUUUAGGGGAUGGGUUGUAUAGUUCUAAAAAAUUCACAGUGACCGCAUAUUAAAGCUGAGAUUAUUAUGUAUGAAUGUGAUUUGAAAGGUUUAGGGGGCCUUUGCCAGUUACUGUUUCCUGUAUUUUAAACUUGAUUGUGACUUGUGGUCUCACCCACUAGAUCUAUGAUAGGUGUACUGUAAUGAACCAUGCAAUUGAACGACCCCUUGCUAUUGUUAGGUUCCAUUUCAUUUGUCAGCACCUUUAGAUUAAUAUUAUGCCUUUUGAUGAAAUCGCUAUUCCAGUUGUAGACUAUUCCAUGAUAAAUGUGAUUUUAUGUGAUUGUGUGUAGGACCUGUAAGUGACAAUGGCUCCCUAUCUUGGCACAUGUAACUGAUAUUAAUAUAGCCGCACAUUGCGUACCUAAGUGUGUAUUUACAUAUGAUAUGUAAAGGAGAAUGAAUAACCAGAAAACUGUACACAUUCCUCCUGUGUGUGUCGGUCCCAGGUUACAGACUCUAGCAUGAGAAUGUCGGUCAGAAGGGGAAGUCGUGGUGAUUGAGACCUAUUUAGGGCAUCCAUUAGGACUUGCUUGAAAUGCUUCCAGAAAUCAAGGCAAAUUGAUGGAUAAACAAACCUGUGAAGGAUGAGAAAUAUCAUGUGUUCAUUGAGUGUAAAUUAACAGCAUUUCACGCAAAUUUUGAUCAUCGUUGUAAGGGGUGAGAAUUUCUAAACCUUUGCUGCAAUUGCCAAAGAUGCCUCAAUGUGGUAUUGUACAGAAUAUAUGUGUGAAACCCAGAUAUGUCAGAUGGAUUGAGAGACUGUUGUCAGGGUCUUUGAUGUGUUUUUAUUUUGUAAGUGAAAUACCACCAGGCAUGCACUGUGUAACCACUUUAUAGCAGACUAAAUUUUAACACAGUAUUUCCAGAAGAAUCUUUUGACAAACUAUAUUCAGUAUUGACAUGACAUGGUCCCCUCAAACAAUCACCCCAUGCACAGAAUUUAUCAUAAAUUUAUCAUAAAGUCUCUGCUUACACUGUGAUUUAAUGUAAAGCAAUGUGGUAACGGUUACAUGUGGUUCCAAUGUGUUGCUUUUCAGGUGCUCCUCUUGGAGUAGGGCUGUCUUCUGUGAAGCUCUCCCAACACUGACUGAAUCAGUUCUGUCUCUUCAGCAGAUUCUGAGGUUGAUUGUGUUACAGUUAGGAAUGCAAAUGCUUAGUUCCAUUUCCAGCAAGGUGCAAUGAAAGAGAUGUCAGAGAAUUCCUUUAUAAUGGUAAAUAAACUAUUUAUCAGAC